UCUGUUAGAUCCGCCCUGCCUGUCUGUGUGUAAUAUAUUAACAGUUGCCUCAAGAAUUUUCCCUAUGGUCACCGUGAUUACCUGAUAAAUUCCCAGCUACGUGUCAGGAUUUUCUGGCGACGUUAUAACCCAGCCAGACACGUCCUUGCGAGAGCUACGGGUACAUUUUCUAACUUGUUCUAUUUCUCGGCAGGUUUGAGGUGAGGGCGAUGUUUUUGGUGUGGGUUAUGUUCAGCCUGGCGAUAAAUACGGUAUACCAGACUUUCCUGACCACCUUUCUGAUUAACCCGGGUCUUCAGAAACAAAUAUCCUCGGAGGACGAAAUUCUUAACUCUGGAAUCAAGUUCGGCUACCAUCCAGUAACGGAGCUCUCAAACACGGAACUGUCGGGGCCUCGUUACAGAAAUCGACAGAUGUGUUUCGACAUGAACAAAUGCAUCAGCAGGAUGGCUCAUGAACGAGACUUUGCCGUUCUGAUCGUCAAACUGUUUGCUGAUUACAUGACUUCUGUAGAAUUUGUCGACACGGAUGGAAAACCGCUGUUUUGCCACCUCGAUGAGACAUUUACCACCUUGUUCAUGGCAAUGUAUCUGCAGAAAGGGAGUCCUCUGUUGGAAAGGUUCGAUCAGAUCAUUCUUCGCGGUUUAUCCGCGGGAUUAAUCGAUAUGUGGUGGAGAGAUAUCGUCUAUGUGGAACGUUUGGCUGUCGCCAAGAACGUAACUGCUUACGGUGGAGAUUACAGUGUAAUGUUGCUGAUGCAUUUCCAGUCCGCUUUCAUAAUGCUUAUUCUGGGAUUCGUGUGUUCUGUUCUUGUGUUCUUACGUGAACUCUCAUGUAGUAGUAGUACAGGGUCUCGAAACCUGCGGUGCGGGGACUCUCUACGGCACGCGACCUAAUUCACGCCGUUUCACAAAUUACAUCAAGCUUUAUGAAAAUUUGGCGCAGAUGGAAAAGUUCUUCUUCUUUAGCAACAAAUGGUCCUGCGUAAAAGUGCAUGACAAAUUUUCAUUUGUUGUAUUAAAUUUUUCUCUCUCUUAA